UUGUUGCGAUCUGCCAUAAAAAACGAGGAAGAAGAAGAAGAAGAGACCCGCAAUUACUUUCACUUUAAGUGUGCUAAUCUUCUUUCUAUCUUUUAGUUUUGGUGUAUUAAUUAACGCAUAUUGUAAUUAAAUAUGUAAUGUGUUCAUAUUACUUUAGCUCCAUACACAGAACAAACAGAUUUAGACAAUUAUCUCGUUCAGUUUUGGGGAAUUCAAACUCGUUUUUUCUGGGACCGGAUCACUUUAAUUUCAACAUCUUCAUGUAUUACAGCGGUGAAAAUGAAAAAACUCUGUAUUUUGUUCGCUGUGAUUGUGAUUGAGCUCGUGGAUGUUGUUUCUGCAGCUGAUGAGCAAAUAUCUGUGUCAGUGAAUGUGGGGGAUUCGCUCACUCUACACACUGGAUAUAUAAAAAAACCAGAAGACAUGAUGAGAUGGUAUUUUAAAGGCAAUCGUAUAGCUCAAAUCAUUGGAAAUGACAUGAAGAUCUGCACUGAUGAACAUUGUGUUGAGAGAUUCAGAGACAGACUGCAGAUGAACAAUCAGACUGGAGAUCUUACCAUCACAAACAUCACAACUGAACACACUGGAAAUUAUCAACUACAGAUUAUCAGCUCUGACUUCAGUGACAAGAUCUUCAUUUUAACUGUUGAAGCUGGUGUUUCUGGGACUGAUGUAAUUAAGAAGGUGAAGGAGGGAGAGUCUGUCUCUUUAGAUUCUGGUGUAACUGAAACACUAAAUUAUUGGAUCACAUGGUAUUUUAAUGGUAUUCUCAUAGCUCAGAUCAAUGGGAAUCCCAGUGAGGCCUGUACAGAUGUGCAGUGUGAUACUGGAAAUGAGAGAUUGCGAGAACGAUUGAAGCUGAAUCAUCAGACUGGAUCUUUUACCAUCAUAAACAGCAGAAUCACAGACACUGGAGAAUAUCAACGAGAGAUCACCAGCAACAGCAGCAGCAUCAGUCGUCGUCAUCGCCGCAUCAGUCGUCGUCGUCGUCGCAGCAUCAGCUUCAGCAGCAGAAAGACCUUCAGUGUUACAGUCAUUAAUUCAGGACCGUCUUCAGGUGUAAUAGCAGGUAUAAGUGUUGUUGUUCUGCUGCUCGUGACUGCAGUGACUGCUGGAGUUUAUCAUCAUCUUAGAAGACAUCAGGGUCAAAAGCAGUCGUGUGAUGAUCAGGAGAAUGAUGCAGUGAAUCCACCACCUCAUCAGAAUGACGGAGUGAACGGGUUAACUCCUCUGAACGACUGAGUGAACGUCUCGACUCCUCUGAACCACGGAGUGAACGUCUCGACUCCUCUGAACCACGGAGUGAACGUCUCGACUCCUCCGAACCACGGAGUGAACGUCUCGACUCCUCCGAACCACGGAGGCCAACGUCUCGACUCCUCCGAACCACGGAGGCCAACGAGUCGUCGUCGACUCCUCCAAACCACGGAGUGAACGUCUGGACUCCUCCGAACCACGGAGUGAACGUCUCGACUCCUCCGAACCACGGAGGCCAACGUCUCGACUCCUCCGAACCACGGAGGCCAACGUCUCGACGACUCCGAACCACGGAGGCCAACGUCUCGACGACUCCGAACCACGGAGGCCAACGUCUCGACGACUCCGAACCACGGAGUGAACGUCUCGACUCCUCCGAACCACGGAGGCCAACGUCUCGACUCCUCCGAACCACGGAGGCCAACGUCUCGACUCCUCCGAACCACGGAGGCCAACGUCUCGACUCCUCCGAACCACGGAGGCCAACGUCUCGACUCCUCCGAACCACGGAGGCCAACGUCUCGACUCCUCCGAACCACGGAGGCCAACGAGUCGUCGUCAACUCCUCCGAACCACGGAGGCCAACGAGUCGUCGUCAACUCCUCCGAACCACGGAGGCCAACGAGUCGUCGUCGACUCCUCCGAACCACGGAGUGAACGUCUCGACUCCUCCGAACCACGGAGUGAACGUCUCGACUCCUCCGAACCACGGAGUGAACGUCUCGACUCCUCCGAACCACGGAGGCCAACAGUUACGUCCCGCAUUUACAAGGACGGCUUGACGAGAAAUUUCGGAACACAGCCCCAGCCGACAGAUCACCAAAGACACAAACUUAAGUUCCACAAAAAGUAUAAUUUAUUAUAAAGUGGAAAAGAUGAUAAAUAAAGGAGAAAUGACUUCAGGGUGCCCCAAGGUCAAAAUAAUAAACAAAAUAGACUUAUAAACAAACAUAUAUUUAAGUUACCUAAUCGGGAGAAUAAACAAAAUACAAAGAAACUUCCCUAACUCCCUAUAAAUAAACAAAUCGCAAACAAAGUCAAAACAAAAUGACAGGACACCCCUACGCUCCUAAAACAUACAAUCAAAACCGAUUUAACUCCUCUCAAACAAACGAACAUAAUCAGAUUAAUGUUUUUGGGAUCUGUCGACGGGAGAAGGAGUCCGGAGCUCCUCACGCCACAAGGCCCACGCCAGAAUGAGCUUCCAUUUUCAGUUAACGCCGCCCUUUUAAAGGCGGUGAAUCAGUAGAUCCACGUCAGUAGCUCCUCCGACUGCAACCAAUCCCUGCACACAUACAGAACAACAACCCACACAAAACAGAUACCGAGGAUCGUAACACCCUCACACAAAAAGAAAAAUCAUUAGUGAUUUUUAAACAAAACUAAAAGAACGAGAUAAGGCAUCUGCUAAAACAUUGUCCUUGCCCUUUUUAUAGCGAAUCUCAAGAUUAAAAUCUUGAAUAAACAAGGACCAACGCAUAAUGCGUUGAUUUGCAUUACGCAUUCGAGACAAAAAUACAAGUGGAUUGUGAUCAGUAAAGACGAGCACGGGAAUAGAACUUGAUCCCACAUACACUUCGAAAUGUUGUAACGCUAGUAAUAAAGCAAGUGCCUCUUUCUCAAUAGUACUAUAGUGUAACUGAUAGGGCAAAAACUUUUUCGAAAAGUAGGCUACUGGAUGCUCAACUCCGUGAACAUCAUCCUGCAAAAGAACUGCUCCGGCUCCGGUGGCACUAGCAUCAACAUCAAGUUUAAAGGAACGUGAAUAAUCCGGGGCAGAUAACACUGGGUCACUACACAACAAACUUUUUACAGCUUUAAAAGCAUGUUGACAUUCAUCAGACCAUACAAAUUUGUGUGAAGCACGGAGCAGAUUAGUUAACGGUAGAGCCACAUCAGAGAAAUUUCGGCAAAAUGCUCUAUAAUAGCCUGCCAUUCCUAAAAAACGGCGAAGAUCACGCUUGGUUUGAGGCACAGGAAAACCAACAAUUGCCUGUACUUUCUGGACUACAGGACGUACUUGUCCCUGUCCAACCCGUUUUCCCAAAUACAUCACAGUUGCCUUGGCAAAUUCACAUUUGGACAAAUUCAACGUAAGGGAAGCAUUAAGCAAGCGCGUGAAAACAGUGAAUAAGGUGUCUAGAUGUUCUUUCAGCUGGACGAAUACACCACAAUGUCAUCCAGAUACGCUUUACAGUGCUUAACGUCAGCUAAUAUGGUGUUCAUUAAUCGUUGGAAAGUCGCCGGCGCGUUCCGAAGCCCGAAAGCCAUCACAGUGUAAUUCAGGAAGUUGUCUGGAGUGACAAAAGCAGAUAUUUCGGCUGCACGUUUAGUUAAGGGAACUUGCCAAUACCCCUUUAAAAGAUCAAGCUUUGUAACAAACUGAGCCGAUCCCACAUUAUCCACACAAUCUUCCAUUAACGGUAGUGGAAAUGAAUCAGGUUUUGUAAUCGCAUUUACCUUACGGUAAUCCGUACAAAAUCGAUGGGUACCAUCCGAUUUCGGAACAAGCAGACAAGGCGAGCUCCAAGCACUUGUGCUCGGGACAGCAAAAUCAUUUUCCAAUAGAUAUUUCACUUCAGACUCGAUGAUUUUACGUUUCACUGGAUUGACCCGAUACGCAUGUUGCUUAAUGGGUGGAUGAUCGUUCACUUCAAUAUCAUGCUGAAUGACAUUUCUCUGAGUAGGCACAUCUGAAAACAGUCCUGAAAAACACUGGAUCGCAUUUACAAGGACGGCUUGACGAGAAAUUUCGGAACACAGCCCCAGCCGACAGAUCACCAAAGACACAAACUUAAGUUCCACAAAAAGUAUAAUUUAUUAUAAAGUGGAAAAGAUGAUAAAUAAAGGAGAAAUGACUUCAGGGUGCCCCAAGGUCAAAAUAAUAAACAAAAUAGACUUAUAAACAAACAUAUAUUUAAGUUACCUAAUCGGGAGAAUAAACAAAAUACAAAGAAACUUCCCUAACUCCCUAUAAAUAAACAAAUCGCAAACAAAGUCAAAACAAAAUGACAGGACACCCCUACGCUCCUAAAACAUACAAUCAAAACCGAUUUAACUCAUCUCAAACAAACGAACAUAAUCAGAUUAAAGGUUUUGGGAUCUGUCGACGGGAGAAGGAGUCCGGAGCUCCUCAUGCCACAAGGCCCACGCCAGAAUGAGCUUCCAUUUUCAGUUAAUGCCGCCCUUUUAAAGGCGGUGAAUCAGUAGAUCCACGUCAGUAGCUCCUCCGACUGCAACCAAUCCCUGCACACAUACAGAACAACAACCCACACAAAACAGAUACCGAGGAUCGUAACACCAACGUCUCGACUCCUCCGAACCACGGAGGCCAACGAGUCGACUCCUCCGAACCACGGAGGCCAACGAGUCGUCGUCGACUCCUCCGAACCACGGAGUGAACGUCUCGACUCCUCCGAACCACGGAGUGAACGUCUCGACUCCUCCGAACCACGGAGGCCAACGUCUCGACUCCUCCGAACCACGGAGGCCAACGAGUCGUCGUCGACUCCUCCGAACCACGGAGGCCAACGUCUCGACUCCUCCGAACCACGGAGGCCAACGAGUCGUCGUCGACUCCUCCGAACCACGGAGGCCAACGAGUCGUCGGAUGACAGAUUACCAAAACAAACUUUUGUGACAAGACUGAAAUAUGCAUUUUAAUUGAUAAAGAACUGUAUUUGGGAUGAGCUCUUUUAAUUGCACAGUUUGUUUGAGAAUCUUGUUUAAUUAAAUAACAUUUUUACACAUAAUUCAGAUUUUUCUUUCAUAUGAAAGUGACAUUAUUUUCUAUUGAUAUCAGAUUUGUAAUUUUCAAAGCUUUCUAUUCUUGAAGUCAGAUUCAAGGUCAGUGGUUUGUCUUGUGCAUAAAUUACUUUUUAUAACACACUCUUUUGGGCAUAGAGAGGUUUCUUACCUGCUAAAAAAAAUAGAAUAAAAUGUUAGAUUAAUGUAUCACAAAACUCUGUAAAGUUGCAGUAUAUAGGGAGUGAUGUUGAUGAAGCGUCUGCUUAAUGACAAAUGUGCAUUUUACAUGUAUCAAUGUUUUAUUAAA